AUGGCACUAAAUUUCAUCUACUGUGAUUUCUCUUUUGAGCCCCUCGAGCUUUUGCAGAGACGGCCAAACCGCUCGCGGGCCCGGUGUCUGUCCUAUCACGAGGCGCUCUUGAGGACGUACGGUAGUGGUCAGGAAGAUGUUGUUCCAUCCGCCACAGGCCGUCGAAUGAAUGUCCUGCAAGCACGCUUGUCCGAGUCCACCCACAUGACUCAGCUUGGAGUCCCUGGAGAUGCCUAUCAUUGGUCGUUGGCCGGCCAAGUUGUGGCUCCCGACACAGUUGACGAAGCACUGAGGCCCUACAGGCCCCUUGACGCUAGCAGGCUGAAGAUCAGUGGAAAGGCAAAUUGGGACCCGAGUCCGUGGCUCACGCCAGAUUUGUGGCUUGCUUUUGUCGAACCGCGCAGUCUUUCCCUGCUUGUGCAGCCUCCCAUUCCAGCCCAUGCCGACUGUCGGAGGGAGGACCCUGAGCAGACUCUGAGAGGGCCGUCAGCUUUACCAGAGUUAUCCUCCGCUUUCGAGGGCACCGCCGCUCUUUCGGAACUGCUUGCUGAGAUCGAGAAGGGGUCUGUCCCCUUGCCAGUGCCUGAGGAUCCACUUGCGGCACCGCGGAAGCCCAAGAAAAAGUGCCCCCUUGCUGUGCAACCUUCUGCGCUUCAGUGCUUCAGGGCGAUCAUAUCGGCGUCGAAAUCGCCACAUGCAGCCACGCUGCCCUACUUCAAAGCGCGGGGCUACUCGACUCUCGCUCUCGCCAUGCCGAUCUGGGAAUCUGACAUCCAUGAUGGCCUCGUCAUAGACGAUUUCUUCUGCAUAGCUAAAGUGCCUCGCCAUGGUUCGGCUCCCAAUGGUGCAGGCCGCACUGUCGAAGGGGCCUUGGAUGCUUCCCUCGAACGGCUCCGUGUUGCACAUGAAGUCUAUCAGCGUGAGGGAAUCUCUGGACGAGCUGAAAAAGACGUUUUAGCUCAGGACUUUGCGAAAGUCGCAGGGGCGGAGGUUGAUAGCACAAAGCAGGCGCUUGAGGAACUUGUGCUCGCGGCCGCGCUAGCGCCUGUGAUCUCCGCCGAUAUUGCUGUCCCCUACCUGGACCGAGUCUUCGCCACAGACUCAUCGAACUCCAAAGGUGCCAUAGUCUCCGCUCCUAUCAACCUGCCUCUCUCGCGCGCCCUCUGGGCAGUUUCUGACAGGAAAGGUGCCUACGCGCGGCUUGCCAUGAAAGCGCAGAGCAGCCUGCGCCUUGCUGACCCAGACUGGGAGGAGCUUGCGCAGGAGGCCCCCUCCACUGAAGGGCCGCGGCGUCCGCUUGCUUUUGUGUUUGAUGUGCUCGAGCUUUUCGCCGGCUCAGCCAAGAUCUCUGCAGAGAUGUCGUCCAGGGCGUGGGUCGUCGGUCCCCCCAUUGACAUCAACCGCUCGCCUUUCUACGACCCGAAGCAACCGCAGCUCUUGUUAUUCAUCUUAUUGAGAAUGAUAAGGUUGGCAGCCACAGACCUUGCGGUCUCUUUGCCCUGGAGCGUUGACGAUGUGUGGUCUUGGAGGAAUGAGGUGGAAAUGAACAUCCUUGAGGCUUCUGUGUUAGCAAAGCUAUACCAGCGCAUUGCCGUGAGGGCCUCUGCCAUCGCACUUGCCGCAGGCCGCUAUCCUGGCAAUCUUUAUUGUCCUACCCGGGCAAUCCCAGCAGAUCACCCCACGAGCCUCGCUUGCGGAGAUGGGCCGCUAACUGGUGCCGUCUUGUUUUCUGUCUCCUACCUUCCGUUGCUGACUUGCCAAGCUGGCGUGACGAGGCCAGUGCUUAAGAUCACUAGAGAUCGACGCCUGAAGCUGAAGGACUCGCUAGAGAACUGGCUCACUUUGCAGCACCGAACCUGGAAUGGGUUACCGGCGUGUAGCCAGGUCCUGGCGGCUUGCAGGGCCGACCUGGUCCUGCCAAGCGACACCGGCGAGGGGCUACGUUCUUCUCGCGGUCCGAGAACCAAGGGCCGGCGGGGCGUGCAGACCUCGGAGUCCCCUGAUGUUGUCAGGAGGAGGGGAAGGUGGAUCACCUACAUACAGGAAAUUGGGGCGCUCCUGUAUCUGCCACGGUUAGACAGCGACCAUCGUGGCUACAUUUUUGCUUGGGCAAACUCUUUUGGUGAGGCUUUGGAGUUUGCCGCCUUGUGCACCCGUUGGCGUCUGCCUCGAACGGGCUGGCACUACUUUCUGCAGCACGGCGCUUUGAUGCCAGUCAACAAUGGGAAUGCUUUAGAAGAUGGGGGUGUGCAGUUCAACCGCUUGCGCGAAGCGCGGCAUGUACCCCACAACGAGGCGGAAAAUGGAGACAUGAGUCCUUGA